AUGAAAGUGAGACGCUCCUCAUCGCCCUUAGCCCCGCCGCCUUAUGCGAAAGGCGCACAUUCCUUCUGUGCUCCAGAGGAUUUAAGGGCAAUUAGACAGAUGUUCCCCGUAAUCGAAGACAAUGGAGCACGUGCCCAUCAGCCCCUGACCCAUAAAGAGGUCAAAGACCUAGCAGAGGCCGUUCGGACCUAUGGAGUCAGUGCUAAUUACACCCUAGCACAAAUUGAGAGGCUGACAGAAACAGCUAUGAUGCCCUCAGACUGGCAGUAUGUAGCAAAAGCCUGUCUUUCUAGCAUGGGGCAGUAUAUAGAGUGGAAGGCAUUGUGGCAUGAUCUUAGCCUGACACAAGCACGCACCAAUGCUGCUGAGGGGCAGCCCGUGUGGAAUUUUGACAUGUUAACAGGUCAGGGACAGUGGGUGGCCAACCAGACCGCCUUCCCCGCACAGGUGUACGCACAAAUAAACGCGUGCGCUGCUAAGGCAUGGAAAGCCCUCACUAACAAAGGGGAAGUGUCAGACAAUUUGACAAAGAUUAUCCAAGGGCCGAGCGAGCCAUUUUCAGAUUUCGUCGCUCGCAUGAUGGAGGCCGCGGGUAGAGUAUUUGGGGACCAAGAGCAAGCUAUGCCCCUGGUGGAGCAAUUAGUAUUCGAACAGUGUACCAAAGAAUGCAGGCAAGCGAUAACACCCUGGAAACAGAAGGGGAUGCAUGCUUGGCUAAAAGCCUGCAGAGAAAUAGGGGGACCACUCACCAAUGCGGGCCUAGCCGCGGCUAUAUUACAAAGCCACAAACAAGCCAGAAUUACCAAUAAAAAUAUUAAAUGUUUUCAAUGUGGGAAAUUAGGACAUAUAAAGAGAGAAUGUAGAAGCCCAACUUUAGAGCACACAACCCAAAAGACCCCUGGAUUAUGCCCUAAGUGCAAAAAAGGCAGACAUUGGGCCAAUGAAUGCCGAUCUGUUAAAGACAUAGAAGGGAAACCCUUAGAGCUGCCAAUAAACGCCCAGAGGGGCCCCCGCCGCCAGGGCCCGCAAAUAUAUGGGGCAACCAGCACACAAGUAUCAUUUGGGAGCAACCAAGUCCCCCGAGGAGAGCCACUCCAGGUUCCGCGGGAUUGGACAUCCGUGCCACCACCAGAAUAGUGUUAACUCCACAGAUGGGAGUUCAACCCAUCCCCUCAGACUUUAAAGGCCCCUUACCACCAGAUACAGUUGGGUUGCUCUUGGGGCGCUCUUCUGCUACCUUGAAAGGCCUUAUAGUCCAUCCCGGAGUUAUUGAUCAGGACUAUGAGGGACAGGUAAAAAUCAUGUGUUCAGCCCCCAGAGGAAUCUACCCUAUAUCCCCAGGAGACCGCAUAGCCCAACUCUUAGUGUUGCCUAGUCUCCAUGCCAAUUAUCCAGCUACCACCACGGAGA